AUGUCCACUCUUCAAGGUUGGCCAGACCUCCCGGAUGACCUGCUUCAUUCCAUUGUUCCUCGAUUGGGAUCCUUCCUUGACCUUCUUGCUUUUGCUGCCGCCUGCUCCUCUUGGCGUGCUGCCUUCUCCUCCUAUCCAUCCAAACACACACUCUUGCAAAUGUUGCCACCUCUCCUCCUCCAACCUGAUGUUCAUGAGUGCCCUCCUCGUCCUCGCCCAUUUAGCAACAGCCUCGUGCCUACACAUUCAUGCCAUGUCACUGAUUUAGCCAACCAAGGUACCUACAUGCGUUGUCAGAUUCCCCGGUUUUCUCCUUUUGGUGAGAGCAAAUCCCCACAAAGUCCUCUAGAUAGUUCUUAUUUUGGGGGUGUUUCCUAUGGUCAUCUCAUCUUGUUUAACCAAAAUCAAUCAUGUCUUGUUAUUGAUGUCUUUACUGGUGUUAGUUUCUCAACUCCGAAACUACCGGUCGAUGAAAACACUUUCCUGGACCAUGCUUCCCUCACGGCUCCUCUGACGUCACCCAACUCAUAUCUCAUGGUCACCAAAGGACGCCACUAUUUCUUUUGGCGUGUUGGUAGUAAAUCUUGGUUGAGACGUUCUCUUCACAAUGGAACGAUCGAGAAGGUCAUGGUUUUCAAAGGACAAAUAUUUGGCAUGGAUAAUGACUGCAGGCUCAUUAUCAUGAACUUGGUACCACGGAUCCGAAUACAGAAAAUAACAGUUGAUCCUGGUGAAAGCAUGCACAACAAAUGGCAUCUUCCCCACCCAUGGCUUGUUGCGUGCGGCGAUAUGCUUCUCCUGGUUGGUUGUCAUCGAUCUUUUCCAUCAACAGGGGAUACGUUUGAAGCUUUCCGCCUCGACCUAACGAGUGAACCUGCAAAGUGGAUGAAGGUGGAAAAGCUAGAAAAUUGGGCAAUCUUCAUCAGCACAGACGACAGAAGCCAGCCAUUGUGUUGCAUGAACCCAGAGAGAUGGGGAGGGAGGAGCAAUUCUAUAUACUUCUAUUUCCAUGAUUCUAAUAAUUGGAUCAAUUUUGAGCUGGACAAGCCACUGCAGGGAAAUGCCUCUACUCCAACAAUCUUUAUCUGCAGAGGCCGUGCCAGUAUGAUGCAACCUACAUGGGUUGUGCCUAGUAUGUUCUAUUCGUGA